AUGCCUCCUAUGUUAGAAAGACUGGGGUUACACACUCUUGGCCAUGACGACGUUAACUUUGAAGUCUUGCUCAUGAAUACAACCAAUCUUCAUACACUUGACUUUUCGCAUCUCGGUUUUCAAUACAUACGAGGCUUUAUAAAAGGUCUAUGUCAUGUACAAAAGUUGUAUUUAUCUCAUGGGUCCUUUCACCCGUCAUCGUUUGAGAACACAGAUAUCAGAACUAACAUAAAAGAACUGUAUGCUGACCAUACUUAUUUUCCACCGGGUUUCCUGACAUCCAAGAUAUUUCUCGAUAUUCCUCAUCUCCGAAUACUGGAUCUUUCUGGACAAGGAAUGUUUCAGAUAGAAAAACACACAUUCACAAGCUUCACAAAAUUGGAGUCGCUCGUUUUGUCUGAAAACACAUUUACUUGCAUACCCGAGGAAAUAUACAACAUGAAAAGUUUAAAGAAUCUUGACUUAUCAUUCAAUGCAUUGAGUUCAUUGCCAGAGAGGGACAUGAAUGCGCUUGAUAACAUAGUUGAAAACUGGGAGGAUUUCAAUCUACAUCUAAAAGGUAAUACCUUCGUGUGCUCCUGCUUUUCUCUUGGAUUUAUUCAAUGGCUACAGGCCACGAAAGUGAAUCUGGAUAACCGAGGCAACUAUUCUUGUCUGACAAAUGAGGGAUUAACAUCGAACACUUGGUUGUUCAGUAUACAUUUUCAGUACCACUGGAAAAAGUGUAUAGGGCAGCGUUGGUUUACAGUUUCCAUUGUGUUAUUCCUUCUGCAAAUCAUGUCCAUUAUAGCUGCUUUUCUUUUGAAAAAAUAUUCACCUAAAAUUGAAAACUUUCUGCUGAACAAAUUCGGUUACAAUAGUAUUGAACCUCUGAAGAGAAAGGAUUUCAUGUUUGAUGCUUACAUCACCUACGAGAAUUCAGAAUAUCAGUGGCCAUGUCUGUGUCUGCUUCCGCAGCUACAGAGGCUAGACGAUAACAUAAGACUGUAUUUGCCUGACCUACAUGAGCUGCCUGGGUGUUCCAAGGCUGAUGCCAUUAUUGAGGCAUUGAGUAACAGCUGGAAAGUCGUCGUCGUAAUCUCUGAAAGAAUGUUCACAGAUGAGUGGACACACUUCACUAUUGUGUCUGCCGUGAGACUCUUUUCUUCCCACAAUGAUAUCACUGGUCGCAUUAUUCUCUUGUACAAAGACGUGUCCCCGCAAGUGAAGGCAAGAGUUCCGAUGCUGCUGCUGAAUGUUGUACCAGAGGAGCAUAUCAUAGACAUCAGUGAUGGAGAUGAGUUUUGGUCAACAAUUAGGCAACUGAUAAUGGAGGAGAAUGGAUCUGCUAUUGUAUUCUAACAACCUUUACAGCUGAAAUCUGCUUGCAUUUUAUCUAAUGACAAUAUAGAUAUGCCCUUUGUCAUGCUAUAAGCAUCUAAUGCAUUUAACAGAUACUGAGACACAUGCAUAGAUUUAUAAAGGCAUCUUGUAACUGAGAAACAUGCAUUUUAACAGCUAAUUCAAAAUGAAGAAAUGGAUAAUUAAACUUGUAUUUAUACAUUUUUUACAAAACUGAGGCAUUCAGGGGUGCUUUGUCUGACGAAGUAGAACCGGUUAUGUUACGCUGAGGCA